AGACACUUGAGCACGUACUGCAGCUACGGGUACCUCUACGCAAUAAUAUACCCCACGACGAUGCUGUUCUAUUCCUUCUUCAAGACCCUAAUUGACCAACAGGUCACUGUCGAGCUCAAGAAUGAUCUGUCGAUCCAAGGAACACUGAAGUCCGUUGACCAGUUCUUGAACAUUUCUCUACACGAUAUCAACGUCCUCGAGGAGUUGAAAUAUCCUCAUUUGUCGGCGGUGAAGAAUGUGUUCAUUCGCGGUUCAGUGGUGAGAUACGUACAUCUACCCUCCGCAGCAGUAGACACAGCAUUGCUUGAGGACGCAACAAGAAGAGAAGCACAAUCCCAGAAGGAGAAGAACCUCGUCCGAUGAGGAUGAGGACGCGCACGACGGCUAGAUGGCGAUGAAAAGAGACAACCAAACACAAUGUCCGAGAGUGUUGAAUGGACAAACCACAAGAAUUGUUAGGGAAAAGCAAAUAUACCAUUUUAAUGCCUGU